GCCGCUCACCGCAGGGCGGGAUCUGGUGCCGCCGGGAGGAGUUAGGGGGUGGUGGGGCAGCUGCCAGCGGCCAUGGCGGCAGGCCGCGGCUGGGCUGUGCUUGCCGUCCUCGGGGCGCUGAGUGCUUGUGCGGUCAGCGGCCCUGGGCCUGAGGCCGAGGGGGACACCGGCGGGGAGGCGGCCUGGACGGAGCCGUGGGAUGGUGCGGUUUUCCGGCCGCCCUCAGCGCUGGGCGCGGUGGGGGUGGCGCGCAGCCCCGGGGCCCCGCGGCCCGGGGGGGAGGAGGCGGUGGGCCUGCCGGUGCUGCUGUGGUGGAGCCCGGGGCUGUUUCCCCACUUCCCCGGCGACUCGGAGCGCAUCGAGUGCGCGCGCGGGGCGUGCGUGGCGUCCCGGGACCGACGGGCGCGGGGGCACCCGCGGACGCGCGCGCUGCUCUUCUAUGGCACCGACUUUCGCGCGUCUGAGGCGCCGCUGCCGCGCCUGGCCCAUCAGAGCUGGGCGCUCCUGCACGAGGAGUCGCCCCUCAACAACUUCCUGCUGAGCCACGGUCCGGGCAUCCGCCUUUUCAAUCUCACUGCCACCUUCAGCCGCCAUUCGGACUACCCGCUGCCGCUGCAGUGGCUGCCCGGGGCCGCCUACCUGCGCCGCGCGGCGCCUCCGCUAGAGGAGCGCGCCGAGUGGCGGCUCCGGGGCUACGCGCCGCUGCUCUACCUGCAGUCCCACUGCGACGUGCCUGCGGACCGGGACCGCUACGUGCGGGAGCUGAUGCGCUACAUCCCGGUGGACUCCUAUGGGAAAUGCCUGCAAAACCGGGAGCUGCCCACUCCGCGGUUACAGGACACAGCCACAGCCACCACCGAGGAUCCAGAGCUCUUGGCCUUCUUGUCUCGCUAUAAGUUCCACUUGGCCCUCGAAAAUGCCAUCUGUGAUGACUACAUGACCGAGAAACUGUGGCGCCCCAUGCAUCUCGGGGCUGUGCCUGUGUAUCGCGGCUCUCCUUCAGUGAGGGACUGGAUGCCCGACAAUCACUCCAUCAUCCUCAUCGAUGACUUUGAGUCCCCGCAGAAGCUGGCAGAAUUUAUUGACUUUCUGGACAAGAAUGACGAAGAAUACAUGAAAUACCUGGCAUAUAAGCAACCUGGGGGCAUCACCAACCAGUUCCUCCUGGAUAGUCUGGAGCACCGGGAGUGGGGGGUGAAUGAUCCUAUGUUGCCUAACUACCUCAAUGGCUUCGAGUGUUUCGUUUGUGAUCAUGAACUGGCUCGUCUGGAGGCCGAGAAAGCCCACGCAGCCUCUCCCGGGGACAUCCCUGGCCCUGAACCUCACAUUGCCCAGCCCUCACACAUGGACUGUCCAGUGCCCACACCUGGCUUUGGCAGUGUGGAAGAGAUUCCUGAGAAUGACAGCUGGAAGGAGAUGUGGCUGCAAGAUUAUUGGCAAGGUCUGGACCAGGGGGAAGCUCUCACUGCCAUGAUCCACAACAAUGAGACAAAGCAGAUGAAAUUUUGGGAUUACCUACAUGAGAUCUUCAUGAAAAGGAACCAAAAUCUCUAAUUACCCUUGCAAGAGCCUUUAACUUGGUAGAGCUAAGGAGAUGGAAGUCCUUAUUCUACUAUGGGACAUAAGGGGCAUCUGCUGCACAACCCUUAAUGAACACUGUCUUAUAAUGAGUUCAAGGAAUUCCAGUUAUAUCCACUGAUAUUUUAGCCUAGUGAUGUGUAUCCAGUGUCUCAGCUUGUGGUAAUAAGGCCUCCAGUUCUUGGAUUAGUGGGAAGCAAAAGCCUGAAACACCCACUCAUUUCAAAGUGCUGAUUGAACAGAAUUUUAAAGGAACAACAUCUUUCUCUAGCCAUUUCAUCCUCUCAACUGUGAUUGGAACAACACCUUGGCACUUGGCUAAGAAUGAGGUAAGAUGGGUCAGGUUUAGGGUCUUAAAACUUUGAUGCUGUUCCUUAAACUCUUCAUUAUUUAGUACUUUUUCCUAAAUCUUUUCCUCAUCUCCUACUUUAUAUACUGUUAUCUGGGUGGUACAGCCAAAUUCCUGGUGGGUUGUAUUCUGGUUCUUUGGAAUUGUAUUUUUUUAUGUCAUUUACUUGCCUUUGAUGUCAAACUUGUUUAAUUUAAAUGGAUUUUUCUUUCCUGCUUUUCCACAGUAUCUAAUGAAGAUGCAAUGACCUUGCCACCAUCCCUACAUUCAUUCUCCCCUGCAUUAAACUGGCUAUAGAUUUGACAGCUUUUUUUACUGCUAUUUUGUUUGUUUUUAGAGCAUAUCUGGAAUUCAUUCUCGACUCAUGCACAGAAAGAUUCAAUGGCUAAUAUAUGCCAUGUCAUUUUAAUGAAUUGUCUUGCUCUAUUUUAGGUUAGAGAUUAAGACUGGAAAUGAUGACAGAAAAAAGUCUCUUUGAUGAUUUUUAAUGAUUUUGAAGUGUUAAAAUAGACCAGUGCAAAUCAAACUGCAGAUUUUAUAAGUCUUAGGUUUUUUUCUGUCUGCCUGAUGAACUCGUCCCUCUAUUUUAUUAUUAUUAUUUUUUUAUUUUAAAAACUUCACGUUCUUUUUACUCGCAAGUCCAAUUGAAUCUUUUUUUUUUUAAUUUUUAUUUAUUUAUGAUAGUCACAGAGAGAGAGAGAGAGAGAGAGAGAGAGGCAGAGACACAGGCUGAGGGAGAAGCAGGCUCCAUGCACCGGGAGCCCGAUGUGGGAUUUGAUCCCGGGUCUCCAGGAUCGCGCCCUGGGCCAAAGGCAGGCGCCAAACCGCUGUGCCACCCAGGGAUCCCUAUUUUAUUAUUUUUAUAUGCUACAAAAGUCCCAUUUUCCCCAGAGUCAUGAAAAUUAUGUUGGAAAAAACAGCCCAGCAGUAUAGUUGUAGUAAGUAUCUCAUAUUAUGUAGCAUUUUUCAUUUUAUGUGGGAUGAAUACUCCGACUUCAUUCAUUCUGUUACUGAUACACUUCUGUAUAACUUUGUAAUACUUAUCGAGGCUACAUUUUGAUGGAACCCAUCUCCUCUUCCUAAGCGCGAGGAGAUGAGAGGUGAGGCAAAAUAGCCAGAAGUGGCUGGCUAAAUAAAAAGCUGUGAGGCAGAUUUGAGGGUAUAGCUUCAGCCUUUUAUUGCUGUGGUUUGAAAAUAAAGCUUAAUGGGCAGGGGGACCAUUAGCUUUUUCUGGGCCGGUGGAAAAAGAAUACUUUGGAUCUUAACACUACUCUGGUUGUAAUGUACUAUUAAUGCAUUAAUUAGCACUAGAGAAGUUUCAUCUGCCUAUCAGUUUAUCUGUUUGUAAAUUAAUGUGUAUACGUACCUUUAUAUACACACGCAUACUAAUUUACAACCAGAUGUGUGUGUAUGUGUUAGAUGCUUUUCAAUGAGGGUCUCAUCCUUAGUAUCCUGACAUCUAAGGAUGUGGCCAAGGAGAACAAUUUGGGCUGGAUUUCACUGCCAGGGUGGUUCUUUUUCCAUUGUAUUUUUUAGUAAAACAACAGCAUAGAAAGUUUGCUUAACCUGUUUGGCUUGUGCAGAAAAGAACAAGAGGGGAAGACAGACCUUCAAACACAUUUAUACUAAAAUUGGGUAUCGUAAGGACCCACAGAAGAAGUCAUAUUCAGGGACUCUGAUUUCUAAACUUGCAAUCUAUUUAAAUGCAGGUGCUGAUUUAUAAUGCAAAAUAUACUGUUCAAGUGCAAACUUAGGAAUCAGGUUUCAAUAUGUGCAAUAAAAAGGAUAAGUGCAAUUUGUAAAAUCAUCCUUCCCUAAUUGCACCAGUUCACACUGGCAUUCCUUUAGCACUUUUAUGUACAAAGUGGGCCAAUUGUUUAAGAAUGCUUGUGGGCUGGAGACUCAUGCCUGCUUUCUGGAUAGUGCUUCCCAGACUUUCUCCUUUAAUCCUAUCACCAUAAAAGUAUUCAUAAAAGAGCAGAGUAAACCAGGUGCUACAUUUCCACCAGAAUCAGUAUCAGGAGAGAGCAAAUAAUGUGCAUUUUCUCUCGUUUGGGCCCAGCUUGCUCUGUCAACAGCAAAAGGUUUAGCUUUAUUGGUGGUAGAAGUGUCUGGUUAAGAAUCUGUUUUAUUUGUGCUGCUGGAGUGGUGGUGGAGCAUGGGACUGAUGCCUUUAUUACUCCAUAUGUUGCAAUUUUCUAUUAUCUCAGGUUUCAUUUUGUAUAAUAAAUGACUUCUUUUUAAA